AGAAAAGCAAAACAAACACUGUACAUACUCGUUGAGAAAGUCAUCAUUCAUUCACUCGAUGCUAAGCGAGUCUUUAGCCGAGACUAGUACUCAGAACUAUUUCUUUCCUACACUCUCAACAAAAGACAAUCUCAUUGAACCCAAAAUGAAGGUUGGUAACACAACCCAAAGGCUCGAAAGUGAGCGAAUGCAGAGAUCAUGGAACAUGCACGUGACUUCCACCUUACAGUUCCGGCAAGAUAUUCCAGGACCUGAACAACUUGCAUUCUGACGACCACGAAAUCAAUCUGAGCCGUUGAAAUCCUGCCACGGACAAUUUGGUACUAUCCCGAUAGAGUCAGAAAUUGUCAUCGUUCUCAGGUCGUGCCCAUUCAGACCCGGCCCUAACAAUCCAGCACCUACAUAGAGUAGAUCUCAAAGGAGGAUGGAAUACCAACUACCGCUCCGUGGGGUGCGUCUUCCUGACGACCCCAUGGAAGAGCAUAAAACCUAUCAUGUUGAAUCACACAAUCGGGGCACAUAUUCAACCAAUAUCGCGCAAUUAAGCGAGGAGUUUAGAAUCCUGCCCGUGCCUACCGACACCGACGACCUGGAAACGACAUGUACGAAGCUAGAGGAACUCGCCAAGGUGGUCGAGCAAGGCAACAGUCUUGCGCUCUUUACGGGGUUGAAACUGGCCACACAGAGGACGAGAGAUCCGGAGAGUGUGGCCAAGGCUCAGCUGACACCCGACGAGCUGAUGAUGUAUGAGAGCUGGAAGGCGAUGAGGAUGAGACAGACUACCCGGCAGAGUGACGGUGAUGGCAAUGGCAAUGGCAAUGGCAUACACGACGACGACAACAACCAAAACGGACAAUCUGAAAUAAUGCAGCUCCCGGACUUUAACUGGGCAGAGAACGUGGCGCCGGUGCCUCAGGGCGCACAGAGUCUGAAGAAAUUUACACGACGGGCGGAGGCGAUGGAUGUGGUCUUUGGUCAUGAAGGUGCUACACCGGAGAAUGCGUCGUGGCUGACGUCGAAUAUGAUCUUUAUGUUACCUCUUGUCAAGGCCGUCACGAAGGUCUGCAAUAUUGGGAAACAUUUGGAGAAUACUAGUGGGGAUCGUCACAUGCGGGGCCUGACGGAUAUGGAGGCUGCGGAGGUGGAAACGGUACGCAGAUUGGUGGCGAUUGCGGGCAAGAAUCGGACGCGAGAGAUGGAGAAGAUUCAUCGGUUAACGAGGUCGAUUCAAGAGGCUAUGUUGGUGCUUAAAGCGCGCGCUGAUGCGCUGGAGAGAUCGUGAUGCAUUUCAAUUAUAUUCGACCCGUUCGGGGAGA